UUGAUAAUAUUUCGAACAUAAAAAGGCUGAUUUAUUUAUUUCCUCACAUUCAAGUUUCGAACGUUAAUCUGAAACUCUUUUUUUUUUUUUUUGAUUUCCAAAAAGUAUUAUGAGGCUGUGUAUAUUUUUUUCUGCGCUAAUAGCAGCUAUUUUGAUAGUAGAAUGUACGCACACGUUUAUGGGCACAAAUGUAUUCAAGCAAUUAGUGUAUCAUAAGAAUGCGCGUUACAGCUCCAAGUUUUUGAGGAAACGCGUUGAAAAUAUCACCUUUUCCAUUCCACCUUCAUACGGAUACAGGCGUACUAUUCAGGGUAUUCUCGCCUAUGAUCUAUCUAACUCAAGCGCGUCAGCCAACGUGACAGCGGGUGGACUCGGCUACUCCUUCGUUACGCUGCGUAUGAAAAGCGCGCGCGGUAAUGAAAUUAAUUACGAUAUCAACAUUUUCGCCUAAUUUAGAUAUUAGAUGGUCACGAAAAUAAACGAAUACAUCAAUUA